UGCAGCAAGUCAGAGUGUGUCCAUCCGCUGUGCACUCUCAAUGCUCCGCGGGCUUAUAAUUGAUGCUGGAAACUUGAUGUAAUAAAUCUUAUAUACAAUCAGGACAGCGUCAGCAAAUCUCUCUUCAGACACAUCAUCACAUCAUCGCUACACAAAGAUACAACACUGUAAACCUGAAGAAGAAAACUCCACGAGAAAGUUUUUUGGUGAUUAAAAAUGUUCCAAAGGAUCAUCAGUCUGCUGGUGCUUCUCAUGGCUGCUUGUUCAGCUCAGAGCACAGCUCCAAAACCUCAGCUGAGGUUGGUAAAUGGUAACACACCAUGCUCUGGUAGAGUGGAGAUCCUCCAUAACAACCAGUGGGGAACAGUGUGUGAUGAUGGUUGGGACAUAAACGACGCCGAGGUGGUCUGCCGACAACUGAGAUGUGGCCCCGUCCAGUCGGCAACUAGUUCUGCCUCCUUUGGAAAAAGCACCGGACCGAUCUGGAUGGAUGAUGUUGCCUGUACAGGCAGCGAGUCUUUGCUAUCAGAAUGUGGACAUCGAGGGUUUGGCACUCAUAACUGCCGCCAUCAUGGAGUCAUCUGUUCUGGUGUAGCUCCGAAACCUCAGCUGAGGUUGGUAAAUGGUAGCACACCAUGCUCUGGUAGAGUGGAGAUCCUCCAUAACAACCAGUGGGGAACAGUGUGUGAUGAUGGUUGGGAUAUAAACAACGCCGAGGUGGUCUGCCGACAGAUGAGAUGUGGCCCCGUCCAGUCUGCAACUAGUUCUGCCUCCUUUGGACAAGGCACCGGACCGAUCUGGAUGGAUGAUGUUGCCUGUACAGGCAGCGAGUCUUUGUUAUCAGAAUGUCGACAUCCAGGGUUUGGCACUCAUAACUGCAACCAUGGUGAAGAUGCUGGAGUCAUCUGUUCUGGUGUAGCUCCAAAACCUCAGCUGAGGUUGGUAAAUGGUAACACACCAUGCUCUGGUAGAGUGGAGAUCCUCCAUAGAAACCAGUGGGGAACAGUGUGUGAUGAUAGUUGGGAUGUAAACGACGCAGAGGUGGUCUGCCGACAGCUGAGAUGUGGCUCCGUCCAGUCAGCAACUAGUUCUGCCUCCUUUGGACAAGGCACCGGACCGAUCUGGAUGGAUGAUGUUGCCUGUACAGGCAGCGAGUCUUUGCUAUCAGAAUGUCGACAUCCAGGGUUUGGCACUCAUAACUGCAACCAUGGUGAAGAUGCUGGAGUCAUCUGUUCUGAGCCGGAGUUGGUGUGUGGACAGGAUUACCUGCGUCUGACAGUCCAGAAGAGGCAGUUGGAGGAACGAGGGCUGAACGCAUCCUCCGCUCACCUGAUCGACCCGCGCUGCCAGCAGCAGGUCGACCAGCAGGAGGCGAUGUGGUACCUGGUGCAGCGAAGGCAGGGUAUCUGUGGAAAUGUGGUAGAGACAAAUGGCUCCCACAUUACGUACUCCAACAUUUUGUUUGUGUACCCGUCUGAUUGGUCCAACGACUCGCUCUCCAUCCCGAUGAGCUUCCCGUUCUCCUGCGUCUUCCCGCUCAAUGACAUCACCAGCCUCGGAGCCGCCAUUCGAUACCAGCUGCCAGAUCGACUCUUUUUGACUGGCAAGAUGGACCGCAAGCCUAAACAACAACUGCUACAAGUCGGCUUGGUGGGUUCAGGUGACCCCACCAGGGCGCAGAUGACUCUGUACAAGAGACCGGACUACAGCGAGCCGUUCCCCGCUGGCCCGGUCAGCCUGCCACUGGGCGCCGCCCUGCACGUCGGCGUCUCCGUGGAAAACUACGACAACAACCACUACGUGCUCCUUCUGGAGCACUGCUACGUCACAAACUCGUCCAGCGCCGAUGAUCCUGCCAUAUACGACCUGAUCCAGAACAGGUGUCCAGUUGACCGUCGCCAGGUGAAGGUGGCGGAAAGCGGUGUGUCGCAGCGAGCUCGCUUCUCGGCGCUGCUCUUCCUCUACCACGAGACGUAUAAGGACGUUUAUCUGCACUGCCGGAUCAGCCUGUGUGACCGGGACAGCGCCCCCUGCAGCCCUAACUGUUCCAGGCGACGCGCUCGGUCCGCCACAGCAGCCAAUCAGCUUCCAGUCACUGUUGGACCAAUCAGAUGGUCAUAACAAGAGUGCUGAGGCUGCAGAGGAAUCAACUUCCUGUUGCUGAGGCAGAGAAUCUUUAUUACUUCACUUUAUUACACAACAGUUUGGGUAUUUUCUAAAACAGCUUUUUUAAUUGUCACAUUGUCAGAAUGACAAAUUAACAAGAAAAUUAAACUGAACAUCUGACUUUGUUUUUGUGAUGAAAAUAAAAAUAAAAGAUGAUGAACCUUU